AUGAUUGUUCCUUUUUCGCUUGCAUAAUUCUUCAUUUGCUCUAUUGAAAUCAUGGGUUGGAUUUAGUUUUUCUUCAUGUUUUAUGUCACGACAUCUUGCAGUUGUGCUGAGUAUAUUGGUCUUAUAUAUUAUGAAAGUGAACGCCGUGCAGUUAGUCUUUGCUGUUUGCUGAAUUCUGAUUUAGUUAUCCCUUUGCAAUUCCACGUCCUUUUUACUAUAAUGAUAUUGGAUACAAUAAGGGGUUCAUAACUUUAUAGUUUACUCUAGCAAAUAAUGCAAUCAUCUUCAGUUAACAGACUGGAAUUUGAAGUUUAUUUCAUCGUAGUUAUGAUUGCAAACUCUUUGUGCUCUUCGUGAUAUUCUUGGCUAAGUAGUAUACAACAUUAAAAAGAACAUCAUUGUUACUUUAGAGCUAGCAAUGCUUGAUUUAAGUACUCAAGCGGUGACAGGGUGGGACUCUGGUCUCUUAGAAGAUCGCUUUUCUUUUGCCAAGGACUGUUGUAAUUUGUUUUUAAAUUUUCAGGCUGUUGUAAAGUAACUCAGAUAUAAUGUGACUUUUUAUUCAAUUUUUAGCAGAAGAGAGCAUCUCAACUCUUCUUAACUGUUGGACUAUGAUUGAGGUUAUGCCAGUGAUGCUUGUUUGUCCAAUUGAGGCCUUUAUGUUUAGUUAUGAAAGCCCUUUUUUUUUUUCAUUUUUUUUCUAUGAUUGACCACUUGUCUAGGCUCAAUUACCACCUCCUAGUAUUUUUACAUAGUUGCUUGCUUUGACCUGGUGCAUUUUCUGACUGGAUCAUUUGAGUGUUACACUGUCUUGUGCCUCCUGCUGUUGAAGUAGAUAUUUGAGAUAUUUCUUCUGAAAUCAUUUUAUUUAAGGUAACAUGGCCAAAAUCCAAGAUAUCUACUAGCUUGCAGUGGUCCAUCCCAAAUUACUCUGAAGCAAUGGACUUCUUGGAUCAUAUGAGACUUUUCUCUUUUGCACAGUCAAAUGCCAGUGCAUAGACGUGUAAACCUAGUCUCUUAUUGUCAAAAUGAACUCUUUGCUUUUUUUUUUUUUGACCUUUAUCUUAAUACCUUUGAUUUCUGAAACACUUGUGCUCAUGUGCAUGCCUUUAGCAAUGUCUUCAAUCUAUCUCAAUAGUUGUUAGUCCUGGGAUAAAGCUCUGAAGAUCAUUGAUAGCUGUUGCUCCCUGCAAAAAGAUCUGCAAUUGUCAUUUCAAUUCUUGAUUUUGAUGUUUAGUUGCCAUUUCAAUUUAAUUUCUAUUCUUUUGUUUUCCUACUCAUAAACCUUCUGUAAUUGAUCUUCCUUGUUCCUGUUGCUGCAUUUCGACAUUUAUGUGACAAUAUCUAAAUGCAAAAAUCGUCACAAAGUAAAGCAUAUGAUUUGUUCUUGUAUAAUUUCUUCUUGCCCACUGUUAGCAUUUUUCUUUCUAAAACCAGUGAUUGAUGAUGAGAUUUCGAUUAUAUUUCUAUGGCUCAUUGUUCAUGUUGCAUUAUGGUUGCAAAAUUUUGUUGCUAAUCAUGACCCACACUUUUGAACUAUGCAGUUGUGAAGAUUGACUGAAGAACAGGUUACGCUGUAUCACUGUGGAUGUUACUGGUACUCUCAUAGCUUACAAAGGGGAGCUUGGUGACUACUAUUGCAUGGCAGCUAAAGCUGUUGGACUGCCAUGCCCUGACUAUAAAAGUGUGCAUGAAGGUUUCAAGUUUGCAUAUACAGAGAUGGCAAAGAAGUAUCCGUGUUUUGGGUUUGCAGCAAAAAUGCCAAAUAUUGUAUGGUGGAAAACUUGUGUUAAGGAUUCAUUUGUCAGGGCAGGGUAUGAUUAUGAUGAGGAGACAUUUGAGAAGAUAUUUAGACGCAUAUAUGCUUCCUUUGGCUCAUCUGCACCAUAUACAGUUUUUCCAGACUCCCAACCCUUCCUAAGAUGGGCUCGUGAAAAGGGUCUUAAAGUGGGGAUUAUAAGCAAUGCAGAAUAUCGUUACCAGGAUGUGAUUCUUCCAGCCUUGGGUUUGAACCAGGGAUCCGAGUGGGACUUUGGUGUGUUCUCUGGUCUUGAAGGUGUAGAAAAACCAGACCCAAGGAUUUAUAAGAUUGCUCUUGAAAGGGCUGGAAAUAUUGCACCAGAAGAGACUUUACACAUUGGUGACAGCAUGCGCAAAGACUAUGUCCCAGCAAAGAGUGUGGGAAUGAAAGCAUUGCUAUUGGAUAGGUUCAAAACCCCUGAUGCUGUGGAGUGGAGAAAAUCUGGCGCUAUUGUUCUUCCUGACUUGGUGGCAGUGCAGGAAUUGCUUUCUUCAGGGAAGUUAACUUGUUAAGGGGCUUUUUUUCUGCCCGAAUGCUGUCAUCUGUAUAUUGUUUUAACCAUUUGGUUGAUAAAUAUGUGAUGAUAUCACUUACCAGUUACCAUCUGGUUUCUUCCUCUGAGUUUUCGUUUACAUGUCCUGUUUUCACACCCUAUGAGCAUCUAGAAUUUUGCUGUGAUUUAGUGGGGGGAAAAGAGGUGCAAAUUUCUUUAUCAAUAACAAUGUUAGUGUCUCUGGUUGUAGAAGAUGCUAUUUCUUUCUUCAGUCUCUAUUUUAACACUAUACACAUGCAACAGAAUUGAAGCCA